CGUCUCACGUCAGUGUUUCAUAUUUUCUUGUGAUUUAGCUACGUAGAAAUGAAUAUGUGUAUUUUUGGUGGCUUUAAUUCUUGAAAGUUACAACAACGCGUUCCUGCGUCCUCCCUAUUUGUCCAAAUGAUGCUCACUGUCGCAGAAAACAAGCGCACCCAGAGCUCUCAAACCCACCCUGAGAUCAGACGCAGCGGCGACAGGCGGACAACAAACACAGUGUGACCGAAUUACAGACGAAGCGCAGGCCAUCAAAUAACUGCUAUGAUGGGGCAGUUGUUAGAAGUUGGACUUCUGUCCUUAAUUGUUAUGUCGCUCCUAAACCCUGAAUCAACUUGGGCUAAAAAGAGCAGUAUCAGUGGAAAGAAACCCUCAUCGUCCAGCCGAGGGAGUGGGACUCAAUCAAAGCCAUCAAACUCUCAGCCCGGAAACUAUCCUCGACAGCCGCAGAGUCCCAAUCGUGACACUAAUCCAUAUCCUGCUGGAGGGAGUUACCCAUACCCUGGAAAUAAGAAUACCAAUCCAGGUGGUUCUCCGAGGCAAAAUCCACCAAGUUAUCCAGGAGCAGGGGGCAACCAAAAUCAGUAUCCUGGAGGUAAUCCCGCUGGUGGAUACCCUGCAGGAGGAUAUCCUAAUCAACCAGGAAGAGGGAAUUAUCCAAAUCAAAAUCCACCAGCAGGGGGAUACCCCAACCAAUAUCCAGGCAGAGGAGGGAAUCCCAAUCAGUACCCUGCUGGAGGUAAUUAUCCUAAUCAGUAUCCAGGAGCUGGGGGAUAUCCAGCAGCUGGUGGCUAUCCUAACCAAUACCCAGCAAGAGCAGGUGGUUACCCCUAUCAGUACCCUGGAGCAGGUGGUUACCCAGUCAGAACGGGAAAUACAGGACAAGGUUGGGGUGCUGGAGUGCCAGGUGCAAAUCCAGGUGGUUACCCAGGUGGUUAUGGUGGUGGAACGAUUGGCGGUUACCCUAACUGGAACCCAAAUAAUAAAGUUCUCAGCCCAAGGUUUGGUGGAGGAGGUUAUGGAUAUGGUGGCAAUGGCAUGGGAGGAUCUCCUUUUUCUCGUUCUGUGCAGGGGAUGGGACUUAAGCCCCAGUCGACAGGUUUUGCCAAAAAAGCCAUGGUGGCAGCAGGUGUUGGUGCCAUAGCUGGCAUGGCUGUUGGUUAUGGGCUAGGGCGUUUCCCUCGACCACAUUUUAACUUCCGCAACCCUGAAGAAGAAUACUAUUACAACAACUACAUGUACAAACAUUAUGGCACUAAGUCAACAGAUGAAAAAGACUAUGGUCGUGAUUACGUCUACAAGCCUCCUCCACGGGCUGAGACCUACGAAAACUUCAUGAAUCACUGCAUGAAUGGCACUGACCGCCUCAAAGACCAAGGCUCAUCCAAAAGUGGAGCAAAUGAUGAGGAUGACGACACUGUCCGCAUUGAGGAAAUUGGGUACCCAGCUCUGAUCAACCAAGUGAAGUCCCGACGCUGCGUGGAGAAGUACAUGGAGUACUCUGCAAAGUUCAUGACGGAACGAAAGGCUGAACCGCAGUUUCAGCCAAAUUGUUGCAGUCCUAUGAGCUAUUGGCUGAUGCAGCUUUUCACUUCCAGCCUCAUGCUUCUCUCCAGCAUGCUGCUGCUGCAGUGAGGCAGAAGAGAAUUAUUCCUUUUAGCCACAUCCCAAAUAGACUUCCCCUUCUUCCAUUAUAGCUGUAACGGUAACAGCCUGUGUUUCUAGUCUUUUAAGUUGCAUCCAUAGCUGUACAUUCUUACAUGCUAUUUAAUCAACUAAUCAAUAGUUCUGCAAAAAAAAUAUAAUCUAGACUAAUUUCCUGUUGCACAAAAUGCACUGAUUUUCAGAUUAUAUUUCUUAAUUUAUUGCACUUUUCAUCUGCUGAUUUUUUUAUUAAUCCUUAAUGCGUAGUAAAAAGGAAAGCCACAGACUGAAUUGAGGGAAUGAAUUAUUAACAGUGAAGGCAGAUGUUCUGUAUGGUUUGUCAAGAUCUAUUUGGGCAAAUUGAUUUCUGACAACUUGGGAUGAUGUCUAAAUUGUGUAAUUAGCAUGCUAUUAUGUGAUCCUCAAAAGGGAAUCAUCCUCUUAGACUCAAUAUGUUCACAUUUCAGCUGUUGACACGUCCCUCAUUGUUUCCCGUGCAAGACUUGGCUCUUACAUAAACGUGUGUAUGGAAAAAAAAAGAAGGUCACAGCUGUGGGAACAGGGUCCAAAUACAGCCAAUCUUUGGGCUGGAAACACUUGCCUCUUGACCCUACUAUUUCUUUUCUCUAAAACCAAAUAAGCAUUCAAAGGAGUGUUGUUUUAAGCCAUUUCUAUAUAGGCAGAAUAAAUUGGCAUUUUAGCUGAGAAGAUUGUUAUAAACAAAUAGCUCCUUUUCAUGCAUUGAAGAUGACAAUGCAGCUGUCUAAUUAGUAGACAUGCAUUCACCUUUGGUACCUAUUUUGUUUUUGUUCUGGGAAAAGGAGCCAUCUAAAAGACAGGAACGUCAAUUCUUACUUGACUUUCGUCAAAUGAAAUGGGCGAGUUGACUUGAAACCCACUUCAGUAGGUACCUGGAUUGGAAGGAUGGAUCGUAUUACCACAAAGUGUCUACGUUUUAUCCUGUUUUAACUUUCAAAUUCUGUCUGUCUUGAACCAUACUGGAUGUGGAAAUGUUGGCAGCCUUUUGGCAAUUUCCAAAUUAAGGUAUGAGUUUACAUUCUCAAGAGAAUAAUCCCUGAAACGGCGGUCUGUUGUCUUUUUGUCUUUGUUUUAAAAUAGUAAAAUCCUGAUUUAACGCGUGAAGUUGAUUCUGUUACUUAUAUAAAUAAUUAGCGGCUGCUAAUUAUUUGAAUGCUGUUGAUUUAAUUUGAAUCAUCUUAAUUGGUAUCGGUUGGUCAACGCUUUACUAAAAUUCAAAAUCAGCCACAAAUUUCUGAUCAGUUCAUCUUUUGUUAUUAGCUACAAAAUCCGAAUAUAUGGACCAGCAAAGAAUUAUGAGUUUUUUUCCAAGAUAAAGGUAAUGUGGCUAUAAUAUGAAAAUCAUUUGUCAACUCUCAAUACAAGUUUAAAGUUGACCACCAUAUUUGGUUAAAUGUCCUGUACUUAUUUAAACUUCACUCCCAGCAUAUUAGACUAUAGAGGAAAUUACAAAAAUCAAAAAAAGUCAGAAGGCUUUGUGCAAAAAGUCAGCUUCUUUUUAAGAUUUAUCUGUAUCAAACAUCUUGUAUGGUUUCCUAUAACUUCCUGUUCACCAUCUUCAAGCUCUUGAUAAAAGAGGAGACAUCAGUGUGUGAUGUUGCAAUGCUUCCUGCAGCUUUUGUGAACACUUUGUCCGUUGUUUGCUAAUGAUGUUGGAUACAGUUAAUCCGCACAUUGAGAAAUUUUCUAACUUUACAAUAAUUGCUACAUGUAGUCCCUGAAUAUUGUGUAUCUUCACAGUAGAAGUGGAGGCGAUGAUGCUGAGAAAGUCAUACAAUAUACCAAGCAUGAUUCGUUAGUUUUCCAGCAAUCAGUGUGCCUGUGCACAAACUAACUGUAGUUUAAUUCUCAUGUAUUCCUGCAUACCUAAUUGUAGUGCAAUUAAGUAUCUUUGGCUGCAUGGUCAUGAUUUCUGAAUGCAUCUGUAUUUUUCAGCACCGUGACAUAGUCAUUGGUCAGGCCUUGUUAGCUAGUCAUUGGAAGAUAUCUCGGUAAGCUUUUCUGUUCUCAAGAUGAGUUGAAAAAGGCUGUUAAAUGAUUUUUAACUUUCUAAAAACCAUUUGUUCUCAGUUUCCAAGUCAUUGUAUGUAUCCCUGUAUGUACAUAUUAAAUGCCCGUUUGUUUUGUUUCUAUCCAUCGUGUCUUUUCACAUUUAUUUCAUAAAUUCUCAGCAUAAAAUUAAAAUAAUAAAUAAUAAAACAUCUUGGAUUUUAACUGUUUAUUGGUUUGCAGAGCAUGUAGACGUCUGUAGAAUAUCUGUAAAGUGCACUUAUUUCCCUUCAGAACUGGAAAUUCUUUAAUUAGGUUAUUAAAUGUAAAUAUUUGGCUUUUUUUCUUUCAUUGAUCAAUUGUGAUCGCUAUUAUGGUUUGAUGUGAAUGUUUAUAUGUAAAAUAAAUUAAAUUCGAAAAUAA